AUGGCGUUGAAUAUUCAGGAUUUGGUCAAGGCGGAGUUGGUUUUGCACGGCGGGGAGCGCUUCCCCGGCUACUCCUUCGGCCACGAGGAGAGCAUCGCGGGCGAGGUGGUCUUCUCGACCGGGAUGGUCGGCUACCCCGAGAGCCUCACGGACCCGUCCUACCAGGGCCAAAUCCUCGUCCUGACGACGCCGAUGGUGGGAAACUACGGGGUCCCCCCGGUUGAGGAGGAUUGUUUUGGCCUGACGAAGUAUUUCGAGAGCUUCCACGGCAAAAUUCACGUGAGUGGGGUGUUGGUUCAGCAAUACUGCGAGGACCCGGAUCAUUGGGAGUCGUGCGAGAACCUCUCGCGCUGGCUUCGGCGGCAUCGCAUCCCGGGCAUGAUGAUGGUGGACACCCGCAGUAUCGUCCUCCGCCUGCGCGAGAUGGGGACGGCGCUGGGGAAGUUGAUCAUCAACGCCCAGGACGUCCCUUUUAUCGACCCCAACACCCGCAAUCUCGUGGCGGAGGUCAGCACCCGCACCCGCGCGACGUACGGCCACGGCACGUUGAUUAUCCUCGUGAUCGACAUGGGCGUGAAGUUGAAUUCCCUGCGGUGUUUGCUCAAGUACGACGUCACCCUCGUGGUGGUCCCGCACGAUUGGGAUAUCACCACGGAGGUGUAUGAUGGGCUGUUCAUCAGCAAUGGCCCGGGGAACCCGCAGCUCUGCACGACGACGAUUCGCAACGUCCGCUGGGCCCUUCAGCAGACGAAGCCGAUCUUUGGGAUUUGCAUGGGGAAUCAGAUGCUCGCCCUCGCGGCGGGCGGGAUGACCUACAAGAUGAAGUACGGCCACCGCGGGCAAAACCAGCCCUGCAAGUGCAGCGUCGAUGGCAAGGUCGUCAUCACGACGCAGAACCACGGCUUCGCCGUGGAUUUUAAGUCGAUGCCGCAGAACGAAUGGCUGGAGUACUUCACGAAUUCGAACGAUUUCAGCAAUGAGGGGUUGAUUCACCGCACGAAGCCGUUUUUCAGCACGCAAUUCCACCCCGAAGGGCGGUGUGGGCCGCAGGACACCGCCUACCUCUUCCGCGAGUUCGUCGAGAAGGUCAAGGCCUCGAAGGUGAAGGAGAUGGCGACCUACAAGCCGAGCAAAGUCCUCGUGCUCGGGGCGGGAGGGAUCGUCAUCGCGCAGGCCGGGGAGUUCGACUACAGCGGCUCGCAAUGCCUGAAAUCCCUCCGCGAGGAAGGCGUCGAGACGGUUUUGAUUAAUCCCAACAUCGCGACCGUCCAGACCGACGACGAGAUGGCCGACCACAUCUACUUCGUCCCGCUCACGCCGGAGGCGGUCGAGGUCGUGAUCGAAAAGGAGCGGCCGGACAGUAUUAUGCUCGGCUGGGGCGGGCAAACCGCGCUGAACUGCGGCCUCGAGCUCGAUCGGCGGGGGGUUUUGCAGAAGUACAACAUCCAAGUCCUCGGGACGCCCAUCUCGGUCAUCGCGAUCACGGAGGACCGCGAGCUGUUUCGCGAUUCCCUGCUUCAGAUCGACGAGCACGUGGCGAAGUCGAUCGCGGUGACGUCGAUGGCGGGCGUGGCGGCCGCCGCGGAGGCGAUCGGCUUCCCGAUGAUGGUCCGCGCGGCCUUCUGCCUGGGCGGGCAGGGCAGCGGCAUCGUCCACAACGCGCGCGAGCUCCACGCGAAGGUCCAAACCGCCCUCGCGAUCGCCCCCCAGGUCCUGCUCGAGCAGAGCGUCGCGGGCUGGAAGGAGAUCGAGUACGAGGUGGUGCGGGAUAUCUACGAUAACUGCGUGACGGUGUGUAAUAUGGAGAAUUUCGACCCCAUGGGCAUCCACACCGGCGAAUCCAUCGUCGUGGCCCCCUCCCAGACCCUCUCCAACGACGAGUUCCACCUGCUGCGGAGCGCCUCCAUCAAGAUCAUCCGCCACCUCGGGAUUGUCGGGGAGUGCAAUAUUCAGUACGCCCUGGAGCCGAACUCCUGCCGCUACGUCGUGAUCGAGGUCAACGCGCGGCUCUCGCGGUCCUCGUCGCUGGCCUCGAAGGCGACAGGCUACCCGCUCGCCCACGUCGCCGCGAAGAUCGCGCUCGGCAAGGCCCUCUUUGAGAUCAAAAACGGGGUCACGAAGAGCACCGUGGCGUGUUUCGAGCCGAGUUUGGACUACAUCGCGGUCAAAGUCCCGCGCUGGGACCUGUCGAAGUUCAACCUCGUCAGCGAGGCCAUCGGCUCCGUCAUGAAGAGCGUCGGCGAGGUCAUGGCGAUCGGCCGCACCUUCGAGGAGGCGAUCCAGAAAGCCCUGCGGAUGGUCAACCCGGAGUACCUCGGCUUCGAGAUCCCGAAGCGCUUCGAGGCCCCGGGGUGGGAUUACCUCGCGCAGCUCGCGCAGCCCACGCCGUACCGCAUCUUUGCGCUUUGCCGGGCCCUCCAAGAGGGCCACACCGUCGCCGACCUCCACGCGCGGACCGGCAUCACCAAAUUCUUCCUUUCCAAGCUCGACCACCUCGUCAAACUCCGCCGGGCGACCGUGCAGGGCUACCGCGACCGCCUGGCGACGAUGCCCCGCGCGGUGCUGUGGAAUUUGAAGGCCCACGGCUUCAGCGAUCUGCAGUUGGCGGGGUAUUUAUGCACCUCGCACGAGGAAAUCCGCGCGCGGCGCCUGGCCUUGGGGGUGAUGCCUUUCGUCAAGCAAAUCGACACCGUCGCCGGGGAGUACCCGGCGGUGCAGUGUUGUUAUUUAUACACCACCUACAACGCCGAGUUCGACGACGUGGACUUUGGCGAGCGGUUUUACGCCGUUUUGGGCUGUGGGGUCUACCGCAUCGGGAACAGCGUCGAGUUCGACUACGCCGGGGUUCUCGUCGUGCGGGAGCUUCGCCGGCUCGGGAAUCGGGUGAUGAUGUUGAAUUCCAACCCCGAGACCGUCUCCACCGACUACGACGAGUGCGAUCGGCUGUACUUUGACGAGGUCAGCGAGGAGGUUGUGCUGGAUAUCUUCCACAAGGAGCGCGUGAAAGGCGUGGUGAUCUCGCUGGGAGGCCAAAUCGUGCAGAACAUGGCGCUUCGGCUCAAGGCGCACGGCCUGCCGAUCCUCGGGACCGACCCCGCCAACAUCGACUGCGCCGAGGACCGCUCGAAGUUCUCGCAGAUGUGCGAUGACCUCGGCGUCCCGCAGCCGGAGUGGGUCUCCGCGGUGUCGAUCCCGCAGGUCUUGGCCUUCUGCGAGCGCGUGGGCUACCCGACGUUGGUGCGGCCGAGUUAUGUCUUGAGCGGCUCCGCCAUCGCCGUCAUUGCGAACGCCGCGGACGCCGAGAAUUACCUGCGCGAGGCUUCUUUGGUUUCCGGGGUUCACCCCGUGGUGGUGAGCAAAUAUUACGAGGAGGCGAUGGAGUACGACGUCGACAUCGUGGCCCACCACGGGCGGGUGCUUUGCUAUGCGAUCUGCGAGCACGUCGAGCAGGCCGGCGUGCACUCCGGCGACGCCACGAUGUUCCUGCCCCCGCAGAACACCGACAAGGAGACGAUGAAGAAGAUCUACGACUCGACGAUCCGCAUCGCGGAGCGGCUGGACGUCGUGGGGCCGCUCAACCUCCAGUUCCUGCUCACCCGCGAGAAGCAGCUCCGCGUGAUCGAGGCGAACGUGCGCAGCUCCCGCUCCGUCCCCUUCGUCUCCAAGGCGCUCGGGAUUUCCUUUCCGGAGAUGAUGGUCUCGGCCUUUCUUGCGCGGAAGGAGCAGGACUUGGUCCCGAUCAAGCGCGCGAAGAUGACCCACAUCGGCUGCAAGGCGUCGGUCUUCAGCUUCAACCGGCUCGCCGGGGCGGACCCGAUCGUGGGGGUGGAGAUGACGUCCACCGGGGAGGUGGGGGUUUUCGGCCGCGACCCUCACGAAGUUUUUUUGAAGGCGAUGAGCGCCCAGAACGUGGCGAUGCCGCGGCGCGGCGUCUUCUUCGCCUGCGAGGACGCCGCGAAGGAGGAGGGGCUGGCCCGCGCGUUGUCGGAGCUCGCCCCGCGGCUGCGGAUUUACUGCGCGGGGCGGAACAGCGCGACGCUUCGGCGGCUCGGCAUCCCGCACGCCGUGGUGGCCCAGCGGGACGAGGCGGGGAACUUCGGCGACGACGUCCCGCUCUACGACGACGCCGUCGCGCGGAAGGAGUUGUUCGACUUCGUGAUCCAAAUUCGGGAUCGCCGGGCGGAUUUUAUGCUGCGCCGGUGCACGGCGGCGACGGCGCCGCCCGGGUAUUGGGUCCGCCGCCUCGCCGUCGACUACAACAUCCCGCUGCUGACGGAGGCGCCGCUGGUGCGGUGGUUUUGCGCGGCCUAUGCGAAGUUCGUCGACCGCCUCGACAUCCAGCCCUUCCGCGACUACGUCCCGAAGAUUUAUCACCGCAUCGAGAACAACAACUACGCCGUGUUGAGCGCGCACAAAGUCGGGCUGAUGAUCGCGGACAACAACCUCAGCCGCGUCCUGGCGGUGCGGCUCGGGCAGGAGAACAUCGACCUCACCUGCUUCCACGCCUACCUCGGCGGCAACAUCGAGGACGACUUCGAGCGGUCGUUUGACGGGCUCAAGGCGCCGGUCGCGAUUGUCGACCUCCGGUCCGAGAUCGCCGACGGCGCGUUCGAGUUAAUCACCUGCCAGUCCGCCGACGAGCGGCGGAAUUGGCAUCUGAGCAAACUCGCCUGGCAUAUUAUUGGGAAACGUUUAUUAACGGAGAUGCGGGAGCGGCGAAUCACCGUCGUCGCGCAGGUCUCCAGCCACGAGAACAAAGUCGCGCGGGUCGAGCAGUACGUCAAGUUGUACGCCCCGAUGAUGGGCGUCUACAACGCCUGGCGCGACACGCGGCUCAUGGAGGACUGCCGCAGCGAGGCCGAGCAGCUCGCGAUCCUUCGCCAGGCCGGGAUGCCGCCCAGCCGGCGAACGGACGGGCUCGUCCACAGCUCCGUCUGCGGGAAUACCUAUUACUUCCACAAGCGCGGCCCCACCGAAGGGGAAACGAGCCCCGGGGGGUGGCCGGAGCCGCGGUUCGCGCGGGAGAUCGCCGCCCACGACGGCGCGCCGGAGUUCGUUUCGCUGCACUUCCGCGCCGCGCGGUGCGUCGGGAUCAACGGCGUCGACGUCGCCCCGCUGUUGGCCCUGCAGAUGGCGAACGAGAUCGCGGCGCGGAACGGGGUCGGGGUGGUGUGCACCGACGCCGCGAUGUUCGAGGCCCCCGGGAUGAAUUUGCUCUCCCAGGGCCUGAAAUUUCUGUACGAGGUCUAUUUUAACCCCCACACGGAGGAGAUUUUUACGACCUAUUCCCGCCUGGUCGCCCAAGGGCUCGCGCUCGGGCAGUACUCGGAGCUUUACACCCAAUCCGCCGUGGAGGCGAUUCGGUUCCUGACCGCCAACGUCGCCGGGGUCGUCGAGCUGGAGCUGAACCAGGGCGAGGUGAUCUUCCUGAAGCUCUCCAAAGUCGCCCUGCCGGCGACCCGGCGAAUCGCGCGGAUGAUGUCCGCCGAGGGCGACGACGAGAUCUUCCAGCCGGGCAAUGGCUCCUUCAGCGAUAUCCAGUGGUAG